UCUAUUUAUUAUAAUUUCUGGGUGGGAGCCAACUUCUUGUGCCCUUUUAUUUACUAUUUGAGCCAAGGUUCUGGCAUAACUAUCCGGUCAGCAGUUGGAGGCGCAAUCUCUCAGUAAACCACUAAUCAGUAUUCUCUUUGGCACUGAACCAAACUUGAGGAAUAACUUCUCGUUAUUUUUGAUCUCAACUAUCUCAACGUGUGAUAUUCGGACCCAUCAUGGACGAAAUGAUACUCCUUGAUAAAAUGAACUUCCCUAAACUUCUUUUCGGGAUUUUCAUGAUAGUCUACCAUUUCGUCGACCAAGUCAAAGCCGGACAGUGUUGGGUGGCAGUCAAUAGACACGGGAACUGUGAAAGUCUCGUGAGUUCAACGUUAUCUCGCGAGCAAUGCUGUCAAGCGACGGCCAAUGGACCGAGUAUGAAAGCAUGGACAGAUGAAACAUAUGAUGCUGGCACCAUCUUCUUCCAUCAAGCUAUAGGAACAGGCGUUCCAAAUUGCAAAAGUUGCACAAGUUCUUGUGAGAAUGUGCGGUGUUCAAGAGGAAAGGUGUGUCGAAUGCGGCAAUCGGCCCCCAGGUGUAUCUGCAACCCCGAUUGUAGUCUAGAUGAAAUGUCCUACACGGGCCGAGUUUGCGGAUCUGACAACAAGUCGUACAGGAAUCUCUGUCGGUUACGGAAAUACAACUGCCGCCAUGCUCGACAUGUUGAAGUGCAAUAUUACGGUAAAUGCAGAUCCAGCUGCGAAAGCGUUACCUGUCUAAAUGGGAGGCACUGCUUAUUGGACCAGAACCACACCCCACAUUGUGUCCCAUGCCGGUUAAAAUGCCCACCGGCGCAACCCAACCAGCAGAUAUGUGGAUCUGAUGGAAAUACUUAUGAUAGUCUGUGUAAGGUUCGAGCUGCCAUGUGUUUACGAGGAAAGAGUAUAGCUAUAGCGUACAAGGGACCAUGUAUACCUGCUUUGACGUGCGAAACGAUCACAUGCCCACCUGAUCGAGUGUGCUUGACGGACACACAGACGGGACAGCCGCAUUGUGCUUCCUGCAACGCACGGCAUUACUGCGCACCAUUCCUAGAGACGAAGACGAUAUGUGGUACAGAUGACGUUACGUAUCAGAGCUGGUGCGAGAUGAAGAUAGCCUCGUGUGCACAGGGCAUUGUCAUAGAAACAAAAAAAGGAGGAUCAUGUGGAUCGAAUGAAGCGGCCGCCGAGUUCCAACCCGUCUACGAUGAUAUUCACUCCGAUGAGGACGACGAAUCGUAUUACUUCGCCUUGAGAUAAAGGAUCAAGGGUCUUCCGAAUCUGGAGUGGAUGGAUGAGCUAUAGCCUUGGUAGGACCGGGUCGUACAGAUGGGCACAUUGAUCUGCGGCCCAGGCCGUCCGUUGGGGAAGUCCCCGUGAAGCCACACUGCAGGACUAACAAAAUCCCUCCCUGGCGCGUCUACGGUCGAUUUGUAACGAUGCCGCCUGAUUCGGACUGAGCACUCCGCAUACCUUUUUCAAUGACUUGCAGUGUUAGUUGCUUGCUGCUGCUGUAAGUGUGGUGCUUGUUGGACUAAACGAAAAUGGCCAGGCUUUUAUUUAUGAUGUUGGACUUCUAGUGAGUGUCAGCACUCGCAGGUGGACAGUGAUAUUAUUUGAGGUCUCUUCUAAAAGCCGGGCCUUUUGGUGUACAGGGUGAAUAAAGACUGGCCAAUGCAUUGCAUUUAUUUCACUUUGUGUGUAAGACAGGGUAGGCAAAUGAACUGGGGUUCGUUAACAAUACCAAGCAACUUUAUAGGCACAAGUGAAGAAGCGACUUAACUGACUCAGUGAAAUGACAACGCCUCGAACACUGUUAUUUCAGUACUGAAACGUGUGUUGCUUGGUCCUUCUGAUCAUGCGUCAACCUAAAUGCAUUUCACUUUGAACGUAGUUUAUCCGCUAACAAAGUGAUCAAAACUGUUUCUAUUCAUUCACCUUAGUCAUCUCUCGGGAGAAAGGGAAGAAAAUUGUGCACAAAAACGCAAUACGGAAGCUGCAGACAUUCACGUGCAUGAUAACCCAGCGUGUAUCUGGUCCCAGGCUGUUCGCAAGUACAUGUACUUUCAACAACGGCUCUGCCACGUGAAAGAAAAGAUCAGUUUUAUCAUAUUUGCUGGCGGAUCCUAACCUCAAUGUCGACAAUCUGGAUGUAUGCUUUUUAUGGUAAAUGUGUACAUAAUAGAAGUAGUAAGUUAUAAAAUAGGAAAAAUAUUUAUGUGAUUAAAUUAUAGAUUGGUAUAGAUGACUUUGUAAAUUAGCAUAGAUGGCAGGCUUCGAGAACCAAAUCCUAGAAAUACUUUCAACCGAAACCAAUGAAGGCCCAAUUUGAGGGUGAUGGGCGCUCUUAUCGGCGACCCGAUAGCGACGACGGCAGGCCACUGACGCAUGUACUUAUAUUCUCUUAUAUUUUGAUUUCUUAAGUGUUCUCAAAGGGACAAACUGCCAACGUACCAAAUGUGUUAUAAACUUUAUGGAAAAAACAGUGUGAAAUCCACUAUAAACACAUCGACGUUUGCGGUUCGAUGUAACUUCUUUUUUUUCUGCAAAAGCCAAGAACAAAAUAAGUGUUUGAGAUUGACAUAAAUACAUGUGGAUUUCCUCAUGUAAACAUGUAUGUAUUUCAUUUUGGAUAGCGUUCGUAAAGAAAACAUGUGUUCAUGAGAUGAGUAAAGGUAUAUAUACAUUGCAUGCACUCAAUUUCGAUCUCACAGGCGAUGUACCUACUUAGGACGGACAGUGGGUCAGUGAAAUGCAUAAAGACUGUUUUUGCCAUUGCCUAUUGUUUUCACCAAAUGACUAUGAAUAUUUAUUUUGUACAGCGUUGCACUGCCAUGUUAACUUCUCGUACGUCACGUGAAUCUCAAUUGGGAGCAAAAGAGUUUGAUUACGUUUCUUUCUUAAUAAAUAUCACUUAAGAAUAGGGUCAAGGACACAUUUCCUGUGAGAUUCUGAGGUGGUCUGGGUAAAUGCCACUUAAAUAUCAAACUUGCCAAAGUAAACAGUUCACGAAAUUCCCCCUGACACUUUUUACCAAAUGAAAAUGAUAUACGAGAGUCUGCAUCUCAAGCCGUCAAGGUUCCUCUCAUCAAUAAAUCUCUUCGCGAAAGCAAACAUUGUUUAAAUUGAAUGAUAAAUAAGAUUUACUUGAACGGUUAUUGCGGCGAAUUGGUAGUCUGGGUACUUUUCGUCCCCGUCUGGGACAGUUCGAUGACCUUGUAUGGGGAGAUCUGGCAUACAUACUUCCUAAUAAACUGUCCGGGAAACUGUCUGGUACCCAUAAACAGUAAAUAGACGAAAUCGGGGUCUUUUGGUAUAAACUGCUUUCAAUAUACAUGGCGCAGGUUAAUUACUGUCAAUGAUCGUGAGUUGGGGCUGCGUCUACAUGUGAUAAAUAUCGGUGGUAAAUAAAGUAAAUAUGGAUUGUGUGAAUUGGCAGGGUUGAUGGCCCAUUAAUAUCAUGACUAUUGUGCUGCCUAGUACCCAAUGAUCUCAGAAAAUGAACAAUAACUGUGGAAAACACGGGUCAAACAAACAAGUCUAAACGAUGUACUGACGGUACAUUCUGACCGCGUGUCUUUAGAUUUGCCUUCUGGAAGUCUCCUGUACUCUUCUGAUGGGGUUCCCCGUGAUUCAGGCGUUUUCCUCCUUGGUUGAUUGAAGAAUAACGAACACUUGCAUGCAAACGGUUCUUCAAAUAAUGUGUUUACUGGAAAAUCAGUCAGCAGUCGUCAAACCUAAAGAAUCGUUCUAUGAUUUUCAAUCGUAUAACCCGUAAUUUCGUGCAAGGUCCGCCCAUUAACUCGUGCUUGGCUUGAGACAGUGUUUUCGAUGCUUACUAAUCAAGUUUUAAGUGUCAAAGAAAUGAUUAAACAGAAAACAUUUCGUUCAAUUGCUGUGUUUUCUGAGUGAAACCGGGCUGCAAACAGUCGAAGCAAUGUGCUGCCAAUGCAAAUGCUGUAUUUGCUUCUGACCGAUUUUACCGUAAACAAAUUAGAAAAAGACAUUGCAACACUGCAUUUAGUGACGUCAUAAUGACGUUUGUAUAUAUUGAUGUACAGAGAUCAUUGUAUUUUUGUAUUAUGUUUUGUAUUUUGUUUGUAUUGUUGUUGGUGUGAUUAACUGGAUCAUGGCCAUCAUGCGCCAUCUCCUCGUCUUACCGACGACCAUUCUAAUGUGUAUCGAUGGUUAUUUCAAUUGUCAUAGGAUGUUGAUAUGGUCACAACCUUAAUUAAUAACCGAGGAAAUUAAUUUGACCUGUUAGUGUAAAUAAAUGUUGA